AUUGUCAAGCAAGAUGCACGAGCAGGAUUGUGCAGUAUUUUUUUAACUUUAUUUUUAACGACUGAUAAUAACUAUUACAAGCGUUUUUAUAGUCAUGGCAUCUUAUAAAGUGUUUAAAAAAUCAUUCGUGAUGGCAAUUAUUAUAAGUGCUAUAGUUUUUGUAUUCUUCUGGGCGAACAUGGAACUUGUCAGCUCAGGGAUGAUGAAAGAAAUUCCACUGAAUGUGAAGAAUAAGCUGUGCCGCGUGAACUUCAAGGACCAGAGGACUUAUGUGAACAAGACGUCGGACUUGAAAAUGAUAUAUUUUGUGACACCCACGUACCCUCGGCCGGAGCAGGUACCAGAACUGACUAGGCUGGCCCACACACUGAUGCAUGUCCCGCGAUUACAUUGGAUCGUAGCUGACGAUCAACCAAUUUGCUCCGAUGUCGUAUUUGAUAUACUAAGACGAUCGGGAUUACCUUACACGCACAUAUCGAGCCCGAAACCAUUCAAGUAUCAAAUCAGUAAUUUUCCUCGAGGGGUGGCGAACCGGCGAGCAGCGUUAGCCUGGCUCAGAGACAACGUCCAUGAAGGAGUCCUGUACUUUGGAGAUGAUGACAAUACGGUGGACCUGCAGCUCUUCGAUGAGAUCAGGAAUACGAAGAAAGUUUCAAUGUUUCCUGUCGGCCUGAUCGGGGAUUAUGGAGUUUCCAGUCCGGUUGUCACAGAUGGAAAGGUGGUGGCCUUCUUCGACUCGUGGGUUGGCUCUAGAACAUUCCCCGUGGACAUGGCGGGUUUCGCCAUCAACAUAAAGUUUCUGAAGGACACCGCUUACAUGCCGUACAAGACCGGACUAGAAGAAGACAGGUUCCUAGUAAGUCUAGGUUUAAAAUUCGACGAAAUUGAACCUCUCGCUGACAAUUGCUCAAAAAUAUUAGUCUGGCAUACGAAAACUUUAAAAAAGAAGAAGCCUAGUCUAAAGAUUGACGUUAAAAUGUUUGAAAAUUCCCAAAAGUACCGAGAUUUUGCAGGUUUACUUAAAGAAACUUCGAGGUUAGGCAUGGCGGAUGUAAGUUCUAUAAAUGGUUCAAAUGCUUACAUUUUCCUACCGAAGCAACAUAAGUUGACAGAAACUUCUAUGGUAGCCCCAAAUAGCUCUAAGUAAUCAUUUAAUGUCGUCCAUCUACUGCAAGUACUCGGUAAUGGUCAAAAGUCAUCAACUACGGGUUAAAACUCUUCAUAAUUGUCUUGACGAGUUCCAGUAAUUGCAAACGUAUUUAUUGCUAUUUGAACUUAAAGUAUCUGAACAUAAAGUUCAUUACAAUUAUGGAACAUGUAGCUAUUUGUUAAUGAAUUACCUACUGCAGUAAAUCUGUAAAACAAUUUACAGUAUUCAUCGUCAUUAUCAAAUAGACGUAAUUCACUUUUACAUUAUCCUAGUGCUAGUUGAACGAUAAAUACAUGUUACAGUACCUACCUAGUUAGAUAGAUAAAUCGAUUGUUUAGAAGAAUGCCUGACUGAAAUUUCAAUAAGUUAAUGUUGUCAAAUUGUCAAUGUAGUUCGUUCCAAAAUUAGGGUCACCUGCACUAACCAGCAGAGUACUAUAGUAACUGUCCUGUUUCAGUGGUUGAUGAAGACAAAUAGUGAUGUGAAUGUUUUCUACUAUUUGUAUUCGUCUACUCAUUCAUAAAGUUCUCAUUAUGGCUUAAAAUGAAUGAAGCCAUAGUGACGUCACUUUGUGCCUCCAAAAUUGAAUACUAGAUGUAACUGUUGCUACUAAUUUGGUAAGUGUGUACGUCGUUAUUGGAAUAUAAUUUAAAUUCGAUUAAUGUGAUAAAUGUAAAAACAUUCCGUUGGUUCGUAGACUGAAAAAAGUAAUGUUAAAACUUAUAUUAGUGUCAUUAAACAUUUGACACAGAAUGAUGUUAAUUUCUUCUUCUUUACAAUAAAUUGUAGUAACUUUUGAAAGACUGAAUCGAUUUAAACGACGAAAUAAGACUAAAUUGUUACUCGUUACGCACAAUAUUUGUGUAUGUAAGUCGGGAGCAUUGAAGAUGGCGCUUUUAACGUGUUACGCACACAAACAUACAAAAAGAAGAACAAUAUAAAACAUUGAUGCCCUGUUCGCACUACGUUUAGUCGAGUAGCGAGUAUUUAGUAGCUCUUGGACAGAAGCGAGAGAGACAGACAAAGUAAACACGUUCCCCCGUAAUUACAAUAAGUGUACUAUAGUGUUCCGGAAGAUCGGUUACACCAGUGAUAUUGGGUGCAAUCAACUAAAAUUAUCUAAACAAAAAUAGCUGUAACAACGGGAGCUACAGUGUAGAAUAUAAUGCAAUAGGUGUUAAACGUAAACAAACCUGUUUAUUACUUCUAAAAACUGCACAGUGGACCUGAUUCAAAUAAACAUCUUAUCGCAAAAUAACAUAAACAAUACAAUUACUUAGUGGUAAAGUGAUUUGUUAAUUUUCUACAUCUACCGCCUUAUUUUAACAUUUGAAAGUACAGACAAUACCGCCAAGAAAUCAGCGCCGCCCAUGGGCACCACGCGUGCGUUGCCGGCCUUUAAAAAAAGGAAUACGCUCUUUUCUU